UUAAUCCGCCUUGGCGUUGCAACAAUUGGAGACAGACAUCGAAUCAGGAGACUUUCGGAGGCUUCUCUAAAACAGGCAAAUCAAACCACAGAGAACAGGGAAGGCGAGCAACAUGCAUCUACUGGUCGUCCUUCCUCGGCAAGAGAAAUUCUGUUGGAAAGAUCCAGAUUAUUUGGCUAUGCAAGGGGUACCAGUAAUAAACAAAAGGGUAGGGGGAAAAGAAAGUCAGUGCGUGGUGUCACACAUAAUUUCAUUUGCUUGGCGGACAAAGAACAAAAAUGUGUCCCAACAACAAGUGAAAAAGAAGUUCUGAAUAAUGCAGGUCUAGGGAGGAAAAAAAUAAAACUAAACAGAGAUGAUGAUGAACAAACUGUGAUUGAAAAGAUAAUGUCAUCAGAAAUGAAUACAGACACUAAUGAAACUGUUGGAUUUCCAGAACUUAGGGAAGCAGGGGGAUUUGAACUCCUCAGAAGUAGUCAAAAUUGUAGAGACCUCAAAAUUAUAGAUUGUGACUGGAAUGCUAAGGAGCUGCAAAAAAAUGUCAAUACACAGUCAACUAUAUAUAUAAGACCCAUUCAGAAAAAUCUGCCAACAAAAAAUAAAAAAUUGAAUCAAGAGCCAAGUAAUGCAGUGAAAGCUGUAUGUGAACGUUGCAAAGUUGAAUAUCCUAUUAUGCAAUUGAGAGAGCAUGUUGAUAUUUGCUAUGGAGAAUUAGAAGAAAUACUUCCUUCUUUAACUGAAGCUGAAUCAGUAUAUGUUGAUGCAGCAAUAACACAGACAUCACCAAUACCGGUAAAUGAACUGGACUUCAUUGAAAUAAGUCACACUUCAAGUAAUGUUGUACCUGUAUCACAAGUGGAUGCACCGCCAUUAAGUGAAUCACAUGUCAUGGUCAUUGAACCUAUCCAAGAAGUUGAAGUACAUGUACCAGUUAUCUCAACAGAGCAUACCAUAUCAGAUACUAUAAACCAAAUAGUUACCUUCUGCAAGCUGAAUAAUAUAACAGACCCUGUUGAGAUUUUGAAAAAGUUACAACAUGAAAUAUUAAGAGGAAGACCACUGGAUAUAGAAGAUGUCACUCAGGCCAAUGAGGGCGAAACCAGUUACAUUAUGGUCGACAGAAAUCAGCUAUUGGAGACAGCUUUUGAUGAAAUUCGUGCUAUUCCCCCAUCCAAUCUCAGUCUUACUCUGGAGGUGCAAUUCUACAAUGAGGUUGCAGCAGAUUAUGGAGGCCCUCGGAAAGAGUUUUUUAGGCUCAUCCUGAUAGAAAUUCAGCAGAAAUACUUUGAACAUGGCCUUAGAGUUGUGCUCGCAAAGGAAUAUGAAACUGUUGGCAAAAUUUUUGCACUAAGCAUUUUACAAAAUGGAAAAAUCCCUAGAAUGAUGUCUGAAGACAUUCUCAGAGAACUGUUUGCAGAUUCAACAGAACCCUCCAACCCAUGUAUAUCUGAACUGAGGAAAGGGCUUAACUCGCUGGGAAUAUAUGAGCUAUGCAGGCAGAUGCCGAGUUUUGUAUUUCUAUUCCAUCCCACGACUGUUACUUUAACGUUUCGGCGAAUUACAACUCUGUUAAGAGCAGAAUUUGACACAGAGGGUACAAACAAGAACGCACUUGAAAGGAAUGCCUACUCGGCAUUCCUGAGAUACCUCAGAGAAGUUGCCAGUGGCCGAAGGGAAAAUCUCUGUCUUGGAAGUAUAUUGCAGUUCAUAUCUGGUACGGAUGAGGAACCUGUCCUUGGAUUUAAAAUCCAACCAAGUAUCCGUUUUGUGGAAGUAGACCAGUCAUAUAUCCCAACGGCUAAUACAUGCAUAAACUGUCUUACUUUGCCCCGUGCAAGAGUUGGAACAGACUCAAAUUUACCUGAUGAUCAAGAACUUUUCUCUCUGUACGACUAUGCAUUUUGCAACAAUUUUUAUGGGUUACAGUGAAUAUCUGUAUACAUGUAGAGAGUUUUUGGUUAGCUAAAUAAAAAAAAUAUAUGUGUGGUUCCGGCUACCCUUCUUUCCCUAUUUCUCACCCCUGAUCCUAAUUUUUUUCUUUGGCAAUUUCCAAUUUAUCACCAAAACUUUCUCCCUUUCCAUUGGUUUCUGGUAUUAGUUUGUGUUUCAGCCAGUCUAAAGACGAAUAAUGACCCCUACAGGAAAAUGACCAGGGGGGGGGGGAUUUUCAUAACUAUGGGAAUCCACCAAUGUUGACUAGUAUAUUAUUCCCCGUCUAAAUGCUACCUGGAAAGUAGUAAUAGGUAUUAAGAAGAAAUUUUUUUAAAAAAAUAUCAUUUCGUAAAAAAAAUUCCUACCUACCUACCUGUUUUUUAUUGAUGGGUAACCGGAACCUCACCUAUUUUUUUCAUUUGGUCUAAGACUUUUUAACAAUCUUAAAGUUAUUCCUCAUGGUUCCCAUGUUGGUCAGGAAUUUAGAUUUGAAUAUUUACCAGAUUUUAUCUUGUGAGAAAUAUUUUUCACAUUUUCAUUUUUAGCUCUACUGGUCAGAGACGAGAAGAGCUUAUGUGAUAGUAAUGUGUCCGUCAGUCUGUCUGUCUGUCUGUAAACAAUUUUUCAAAAUGCUACUCCUCCUAAAGUUUUGGUCUGAUUUCAACAUUACUUGGCACACAGGUAGACAACACUAAGAUACAUAAUUCUGUGUAUCGGUUUUUGAAUUCGAUGAACAAUGUUGCCAUGGUUACUAAAAAUAGAAAUUUCUUUAAAAUUCUUUCAAAACGCUACUCCUUCUGGUCUAAUUUCAAUAUAACUUGGCGCACAAGUAAACUACACUAAGAUACAUAAUUCAGUUUUUGAUUUCGAUGAACAGUGUUGCCGUAGUUACUAAAAAUAGAAAUUUCUGUGAAAUUCUUUUAAAAUGUUACUCUUCCUACAAUUUUGGUCUGAUUUCAAUAUAACUUGGCACACAAGUAGACUACACUUAGAACUUAGAGAGACUUAAUCAAGGAUCAUUAUUCUAUUUAUUGCUGUUGUGAAGUUCCAAUUCCCAAGUGCUUAAGUACUUUUCUCUCCCAUUGCUAUAAGUACAAACCAGUAGAGCUUCAUUCUCAACAGAGACUUCUGGUUUUUAUUUAAGGAUAGCAUUUUAACACCUCAUAUGCUAGCAUUUUUUAUGCAUUUGUUGUAAGCUUUUCAAUACUGAAGUGAGUUAAGCUUUUUUUCUUAGAUUCAAUGCUCAGGUGAGCAAUGUGGCCUAUGGGUAUCUUGUAUUUUGCUUCUAAUUUUUUCUUAUAUCAGUUAAU